UCGCUGGUGCUGCCGGGAGUGGAAGAUGGCUGCUUUCGGAAUUUUGAGUUAUGAGCACCGACCCCUGAAGCGGCCACGGUUGGGACCUCCUGACGUUUAUCCCCAAGACCCAAAGCAAAAAGAGCUGCCAGAGAAGCAUCUCCUCUUUGAUAUAGUGCCCCUAAGUAAACCGAACUAUCUUAAAGGCAUUUUUUCUGCGGGUAAAAGAGUGCUUAUAUUUAGCAUGACUUUCCUGAAAAUCAGUUCCAAUUUUAGUAGCAUAAUUGCAGAGAAGCUGCGAUGCAAUACAUUCCCAGAUACUGGCAAACGGAAACCACAGGUUAAUCAGAAGGACAAUUUCUGGCUAGUCACUGCAAGAUCUCAGAGUUCCAUAACUAAUUGGUUCAUGGACCUAGCUGGAACAAAACCACUCACUCACCUUGCCAAAAAGGUGCCAAUUUUCAGCAAGAAGGAGGAGGUGUUUGGGUAUCUAGCUAAGUAUGUAGUGCCAGUAAUGAGAGCUGCCUGGCUGUUGAAAAUGACAUGCGCUUAUCAUGCUGCUAUCACGGAAACAAAAGUCAAGAAACGGCAUGUCAUUGAUCCUUGCAUAGAGUGGACACAGAUCAUUACCAAGUACCUUUGGGAACAGUUGCAGAAGAUUGCAGAGUUCUACCGCUUGACCAGCAGCUCAGGUUGUGGUUCUCCUACAGCAUCAAUAACUUCAGAAGUGGAUCAAGCAGUGAAGCAGUGGGAAUACAAUGAGAAGCUUUCCUUGUUUAUGUUCCAGGAUGGAAUGUUAGACAGGCAUGAAUUCUUGACAUGGGUGCUAGAAUGCUUUGAGAAGAUCAGACCUGGGGAAGAUGAGCUACUGAAACUGUUGCUGCCACUCUUGUUGCAGUAUUCUGCAGAGUUUGUCCAAUCAGCGUAUCUGUCCAGACGACUGGCAUAUUUCUGUGCACGAAGACUGGCUCUGCUUUUGAAUGAUGGUACAGUUGGCACUGGAGCUGGAGGUCAUACAGCAGGAAAUGCUUUACCUGCUACCCCAACUUCCCAGACCCCUACAGGAAAUCAACCUCAGACUCCGUUCACAGAUUUCUAUAUUUGCCACCAGCACCGACCAGUAGUAUAUGGAUUAAGUUGCAUGUUACAGAGUAUUAUUCUAUGCUGUCCUAGUGCCUUGGUGUGGCAUUACUCCUUGACAGAUAGUCGAAAUAAGACAGGCUCACCUCUUGACUUGUUGCCUAUUGCACCAUCUAACCUUCCCAUGCCUGGUGGCAAUGAUACCUUCACCCAGCAGGUGCGUGCAAAGCUUCGAGAAAUUGAGCAGCAAAUUAAGGAACGAGGGCAGGCAGUAGAAGUCAGAUGGUCAUUUGAUAAGUGCCAGGAGACCACAGCAGGAUUCACAAUUGGUCGCAUUCUUCAUACACUGGAAGUUCUAGACAGUCACACAUUUGAGAAGUUGGAUUUCAACAAUUCACUGGAUUCCUUGUACAACAGGAUAUUUGGAUUGGGACAAAGCAAAGAUGGACAUGAGAUAACACCUGACGAUGAUGCUGUGGUGGCACUACUAUGCGAGUGGGCAGUCACCUGCAAGAGGUCUGGCAGACACAGAGCUAUGGUGGUGGCAAAGCUGCUGGAGAAAAGGCAGGCUGAAAUUGAGGCUGAGAGAUGUGGAGAAUCAGAGGUAGUGGAUGAAAAAGGUUCCAUCUCAUCUGGGUCUCUGUUGGCUGCCAGUGUUCCUGUGUUUCAGGAUGUUCUGAUGCAGUUCCUGGAUACUCAAGCUCCAAUGCUCACUGAUCCUUCAAAUGAAAGUGAAAAAGUGGAAUUUUUUAACCUUGUGCUACUUUUCUGCGAGUUGAUUCGUCAUGAUGUAUUUUCUCACAACAUCUAUAUGUGCACUCUAAUCUCACGUGGAGAUCUGGCUUCAGACUCUCAUAUUCCCCGAGCCCGCUCCCCCUUUGAUGAUACUGUGGAAGAGCAAGAUCGUAAAGAGAUCGAAGGAAACAGCAGUAUCAAGAUGGAGGACGCUGGACUUUCUGAAUCUUUGGAAGUUGAUCCUACCAGUGGGGUGCUGUUUGAUGAGAUUGAGAAGAAUGAUUUUUCUAUGUUUUCACCUCCAAUGCACUGUGAUUCAAAGGCUAGCCCAUCUCCAGAGAAAGUGGAUCCAGAAAAGGAGCCCAAGGUUAUCUUAAGGGAGAAGGGUUCAGAUGUGAUGUUUCCCUCCUUGUACGAUCAGCCUAGGCACAUUCAGUAUGCCACACAUUUUCCCAUUCCACAGGAAGAGUCUUGCAGUCAUGAGUGCAACCAACGGCUUCUGGUCCUUUAUGGUGUUGGAAGACAGCGAGACGAGGCACGACAUUAUAUCAAAAAGAUUACCAAAGAUAUUCUGAAAGUUUUGAACAAGAAAAGCACUGCAGAGACUGGUGGGGAAGAAAGCCAGAAAAGAAAGAGGAGUAAGCCUGAGUCUUUUCCUACAGCAGAGGACAUAUUUGCUAAAUUUCAACACCUGUCUUGCUUUGAUCAGCAUCAAGUCACUUCUCAGGUAUCUCGGAAUGUCCUUGAGCAAAUCACCAGCUUUGCCUUAGGAAUGUCUUACCAUCUUCCACUGGUCCAGCAUGUGCAGUUCAUCUUUGAUCUCAUGGAAUAUUCUCUCAACAUAAGUGGCCUCAUUGAUUUUGCUAUUCAGCUUCUCAAUGAACUAAGUGUUGUGGAAGCAGAACUUUUACUGAAAUCCUCUAGUCUGGUUGGUAGUUAUACCACUAGUUUGUGCCUCUGCAUUGUGGCGGUGCUACGUCGUUACCACUCCUGCCUUAUAUUGAAUGCUGACCAGACAGCACAAGUGUUUGAAGGUUUGUGUGGUGUAGUGAAACAUGGAGUCAAUCCUUCUGACUGUUCUUCAGCUGAACGUUGCAUCCUAGCAUACCUUUAUGAUCUCUAUACAUCCUGCAGUCACUUGAAGAGCAAAUUUGGAGAGUUGUUCAGUGACUUCUGCUCAAAGGUAAAGAACUCCAUCUACUGCAACAGUGAUCCUUCAGACUCCAACAUGCUGUGGGAGCCAGAAUUCAUGAUCAACACCAUUGAAAAUCCCUCUGCCCGUAACUUUGGCUACAAUAUGCUUGGCAAUGUCCUGAAUGACAAUCCUGCCAAUCGAUACAGCUUUGUGUGCAAUGCACUCAUGCAUGUAUGUGUAGGACAUCAUGACCCUGACCGGGUGAAUGAUAUUGCCAUCCUUUGUGCUGAACUCACUGCUUGUUGCAAAUCUUUGAGCUCUGAAUGGCUUGGAGUACUGAAGGCUCUCUGCUGCUCCUCAAACAAUGGGACCUGUGGCUUCAAUGACCUGCUGUGCAAUGUGGACGUCAGUGACCUUUCAUUCCAUGAUUCCCUGGCCACCUUUGUUGCCAUUUUGAUUGCUCGCCAGUGUCUGAUGUUAGAAGACCUAAUUCGCUGUGUUGCUAUUCCAUCCUUAUUGAAUGUAGCCUGCAGUGAGCAGGAUUCAGAACCUGGUGCUCGGCUUACAUGUCGGAUCCUCUUACAUCUGUUCAGAACUCCGCAGUUGAAUCCAUGUCAUCCUGACAGUAAUAAGCCAACUGUUGGAAUUCGUUCAUCCUGUGACCGCCAUCUACUAGCAGCUGCCCAAAAUAGCAUUGUAGUUGGAGCUGUCUUUGCUGUUUUGAAGGCCGUCUUUAUGCUGGGUGAUGCAGAGCUAAAAGGGUCUGGGUUUUCCAGUGCAGGUGGUACAGAUGAUCUCACUGAGGAUGAGAUUGGUUCAAAGAAAACUGGAGGAAGAGCAGUUUCUAUAGAAACAGCGAGCUUGGAUGUGUAUGCAAAGUAUGUGUUGAAAAGCAUCUGUCAGCAGGAAUGGGUAGGAGAGCGGUGCCUGAAAUCUCUUUGUGAAGACAGUAGUGCUUUACAGGACCCGGUUCUCACAAACAUCCAGGCUCAGCGGCUUCUACAACUGAUCUGUUAUCCACACCGUCAGCUUGACAGUGAGGAAGGGGAAAACCCACAACGCCAGAGGAUUAAUCGCAUUCUUCAGAGCCUGGAGCAGUGGACAAUGAGGCAGUCCUCUCUGGAACUUCAGCUGAUGAUUAAACAGUGUGUGAGCAGUCAGGAAAUGAAUUCCCUUUUAGAAAAUAUUGCCAAAGCAACAAUUGACGUAUUUCAGAAGUCUGCUGAGAUGAACUCCAGUAAUCCAUCAGGAAAUGGUACAGGUUCUGUUGCAAAAAAUGUGGCUCCCUCUAUUCCAAAUAAUAACACAACUAGCAAGGCGAAGCCAAUACUUAGCUCUUCAGAAAGGUCUGGUGUAUGGCUGGUAGCUCCUUUGAUAGCCAAACUGCCAACAUCUGUGCAAGGUCAUGUCCUCAAGGCUGCAGGAGAAGAGCUGGAGAAAGGGCAGCAUUUGGGUUCAUCUUCCCGAAAAGAAAGAGACCGGCAGAAGCAGAAAAGUAUGUCUUUGCUGAGUCAGCAACCAUUUCUUUCACUGGUGUUAACAUGUUUAAAGGGACAAGAUGAGCAGAGAGAAGGGCUUUUAACAUCACUUUACAAUCAGGUUCAGCAGAUCGUCACUAACUGCAGAGAAGAUCAGUAUCAGGAUGACUGCAAAGCAAGGCAAAUGAUGCAUGAAGCUCUGAAGUUACGACUGAACCUGGUAGGGGGAAUGUUUGAUACUGUCCAACGCAGUACCCAGCAGACUACAGAAUGGGCGAUGCUGCUUCUCGACAUCAUCAGUAGUGGAACUGUCGAUAUGCAGUCCAACAACGAGUUGUUUACUACUGUUUUGGACAUGCUAAGCGUGCUUAUCAAUGGAACACUGGCUGCAGAUAUGUCUAGUAUAUCUCAGGGCAGCAUGGAGGAAAAUAAAAGGGGAUACAUGAACCUGGUGAAGAAACUCAGGAAAGAGCUUGGUGACCGUCAAUCAGAGAGUCUUGAUAAAGUACGCCAGCUGCUACCCCUUCCUAAGCAGACUCGGGAUGUUAUCACUUGUGAACCUCAGGGAUCUCUAAUCGACACCAAAGGCAACAAAAUUGCUGGUUUUGACUCAAUUUUCAAGAAAGAGGGUUUACAAGUCUCAACAAAGCAAAAGAUCUCACCUUGGGAUUUAUUUGAAGGUCUGAAACACUCUGCACCACUUUCCUGGGGGUGGUUUGGCACUAUUCGCGUUGACCGCAGAAUCUCCAAACUGGAAGAACAGCAGCGGUUGCUGCUUUAUCAUAAUCACAUUAGGCCUAAACCACGCAGUUAUUAUUUGGAACCACUUCCUCUUCCACCUGAAGAGGAAGAACCACCAACACCUGUUGCUACUGAGCCAGAAAAGAAAACGGAACCUGUGAAAGUGGAUAAAACAGGAACUACAGCCACAUCUGCAGAAACUGGGAAGAAGAAGAGCAAACCAAAAAAGCGCAACCAAAGUAACAAACCUGAACAAUAUCCUGCCAUGAACCCAACACGAGAACCACAGUUUCCAGGUGGAAUGACCCCCGAGGUAAUCCAUCAUGCUGGUGGAAAUCCCUAUAACCGACUUGGAUAUGGUGGACAACAGCAGCCUAUGGGACUCUACCCUCAGAACCAACCUCUUCCUGCAGGUGGACCUCGGCUGGAACCCCCAUAUAGACCUACUCGCAUGCAGUUGCAGAUGGUACCUAAUAAAUCACAGUAUGGUGCAGUAUUGACAGCAGGAGGAAUGAUGCCUCGAGAUCAGCAGUAUAAACCCGGAGUCUACAGACCACAAGGCAAUGCAGCAACUCAUGGGCUGCUCCGACAGCAGCUUCAGGCAAAGCUGAGCUUGCCUCAAGGCUAUACACCCUAUGGAACCCCUAUAACAAUACAACAGCAUCCUUCACAAGCAAAUGCAAUGGUUCCUCCUGCCUUUGCUAACCAGGCAUACCAGGCUACCCAAACAGCACCAACUCCAGGACUAGUGGACAAUGUCCGACAAAUGCAACAACACCGACCAGGUGGUUAUGUACAUCAGCAGGCAGCCACCUAUCCACACAAUAUACAGAACCAACAGAGGUUUCCCCAUCAAGCAAUGCAGCAGGCACCCAUGAUAAGUGGAAUGAGUCACAUGCCCACACAGGGAGUUCAUUCAGGAAUACGGACAGCUCAGCUGAUUCAAGAUCCAACAUAUAUAAGGCAGCAGAUGAUCAGACAACAGCAGCAGCAGCAGCAACAGCAGCAGCAGCAACAGCAGCAGCAGCAGCAGCAGCAGCAACAACAGGCUGCCGUAGCAGCAGCUGUAGCUUCACAGCCCCAGCCCCAGCCUCCAGCACAACCUCAAGGCCUUGGAAUGCAAGGUCUCCCUCCACAGCAACCCCUGUUUCAACGGCAAGGAAUGCAGCAAACGCAACAGCAGCAGCAGACAGCAGCCCUGGUCAGGCAGCUCCAGCAACAGCUUUCAAAUACACAGUCACAACAGAAUCCAAAUCCAUUUGGACACUACUGAUGUGAAAUUUUAGUAAACCAAACCGUGCAUCGAUGAAUUAUAGAGCACAUCCAGCAACCCAGGAUACCAGCAGUUGUUUCAGAUUUCUUGAAAAACCUCAUCCACAUCAGUGUUUUUAUAAAAGAUGUUAAUCAAUCUUGAGAGUUGAAAGGAGGUAGAUUAUUAUCCUUGUAUAAACUUUUUUGGAACAUUGUUUUAGUUUAUAUGCUUUUUAUUUUACUUAUUAAAAAAGAGAGACUGGUUUCCAGAAUUCUGUUAACUUUCUUUUAUGACCACUGUAUUUUUGUUAACAGAAUACUUAUUGUAAAACUUUAUACAGUAUUUAUACCAGUGAACUAGUACAGUGCACAAAUCCCAAAAUGAAUACAAGGAGAAUAGAAAACAUGAAAAGUAAA